GCAAAUCACCACCAAUUGUAGAGAGAGAGAGAGAGAUGGGUAAGUUGAUGCACAACACACAAAUCAAGCACUCAAGCCACCCUCAUCUCCUGCAGUUAUCAUCCAACCUCCAACUUCAAAACAAUAUCAGUUGUGCAGGCUGCAACCACCCCCUUACUUCAUCAGACCACCUCUACGCGUGUAGACCGUGCAACUUUUUCUUGCACGCGUCAUGCUCUAAGUUUCCAGAACUCAUCACCCACCCGUCCCACCGUCAACACACACUUUCCCUUCUUCCCACCUCUAUCUACCCCGGUGGUUUCUUUCGAUGUGAUGCCUGCACUCAGCAAGGGACUCGCUUCAGCUAUCAUUGCCAAAUCUGUGAUUUUGACUUGCAUGUGUUAUGUGCUACUAAGCCUCUCUCGGUCAACCACCCGUUCCAUCAACACCCGCUUGUCCUUACUUUUUCCUCUCCUUACGGCGAAAAGUUAGGCUUCUCCUGUGAUGUAUGCCGCAGUGUCGGGUCGCCUGACCAGUGGCUCUACCGCUGUGUUGCUUGUGAGUUUGAUGUUCAUUUACACUGUGCCACUGCCAAGGCUCUACAGCACAGUCACUCGUAUCCAGCUCCAGGUUCUGCCUCCCAUCAACCUCAGCCGCUUGCACAUAGCAUGAGCACAGGUCAUGCUCAAACUUACUGGCAAACACCUGUGGGCGUUCCAAGUUACCAGCGUCCCCCGCAGCAACAAGCACCUGCUGGUUUUCAAACUUACCAGGGUCCCCCACAGCCACAGCCACAGCAACAAGCACCUGUCGGUUACCCACAGCCACAGCAACAAGCACCUGUCGGUUACCCACGGCCACUGACACAGCAACAACCACCUGUUGGUUUUCAAACUGCACGACCACAGCAGCCAGCACCUGUCGGUGGUCAAAAUUACCAGAUGCAGCCGGCACCUGCUGCAGCCAACCAAAGUAUGGCAGAUGUGAUGGUGACAGGAUUUGUCGAUGGCAUGAUGCAGCAGAUUGGCCAGAAUUUUGUACAAAGUCUUACUGGAGGUGGGGGUGGUGGCGGUGAUGUGGUCAACGUUAACGUUGAAUGCAGUAAUACGAAUGACUAUGAAUGCGCUACUGUGAAUGACUAUGAAUGCAGUACUGUGAGUGAAGACUAUUAAGAAGUUGUGAAUGUAACAAAGUUUGGAUUUGUAUUCCCUGAGUGUAACCUACUUAUGCAAAUUUUCUAUUCUGCUUGUGACA